AGCAGUUUCUGUAGGUCUCUUGUGAAUAUCUGGGAUUCAGAUGAUGAUAUAUAGUCCUGCUGUGUAAUGCUUCGGGAUAUCUUGAAGGUCAGAUUAAAUGACCAGCACUGGAGGCCAAUAGAGCUAUUAAGAGUUUCUUCAUAAGGAAAUCUGUUAAUCCGUCUUUGUUACAUUUGAAGCUGCACACUAUCAAAACUACUCUAUGUGCUUGCCGUAGUCUAGUAGUGUCAGUGUUUUAUCAACAGAUAAUUGAGCUGCUAUAAAAUUUUUUAGAAAACGGAGCUGUGCCUAGCCAUUUUUGGUUUUGUGUGAUUUUUCUUCUAAAAACAAACUGAAAAGAGAAUUAAGGAGAACUUGAGAGAAUUGUUCUACAUCCAAAAUGAUACCCUGUGGAACAGUUCUGUCAUUUGUUCGGUGUCUGUUGCGAAGAAAAAUUGUCACUGUGGACAGUCUUGAGGAUUCCAAGCUAUGCCGAUGUUUAUCCACUGUGGACCUUAUCGCUCUGGGAGUGGGAAGCACUCUUGGUGCUGGUGUUUAUGUACUUGCUGGAGAAGUCGCAAAAGCAGAUUCUGGACCUAGUAUUGUUGUUUCUUUCCUCAUUGCUGCGUUAGCAUCUGUGAUGGCAGGUCUUUGCUAUGCUGAGUUUGGUGCUCGUGUUCCCAAGACUGGUUCUGCAUAUUUGUAUACUUACGUAACUGUUGGUGAACUGUGGGCUUUUAUCACUGGCUGGAAUCUCAUUUUAUCAUACGUUAUAGGUACAUCCAGUGUAGCAAGAGCAUGGAGUGGCACCUUUGAUGAACUCCUUGGAAAACAAAUUGGUCAGUUUUUCAGAACCUACUUCAGAAUGGAUUUUUCUGGUCUAGCAGAAUAUCCAGACUUCUUUGCAGUAUGUCUGAUAUUGCUUCUGGCAGGUCUUCUGUCUUUUGGAGUAAAAGAAUCCGCAUGGGUGAAUAAGAUUUUCACUGCUGUUAACAUCUUGGUUCUCCUCUUUGUUAUGAUUUCUGGCUUUGUGAAAGGAGAUGCUGACAACUGGAAAAUAAGUGAAGAAUCGCUCAUCAACCUCACAACACAAACAGGAAAUUAUUCUUCCUAUAAGAACGUGACAAGCAUAUUUGGGGCCGGUGGUUUUAUGCCAUAUGGUUUUACAGGAACAUUGGCUGGUGCUGCAACAUGUUUUUAUGCCUUUGUGGGAUUUGAUUGCAUUGCAACAACUGGGGAAGAAGUCAGGAAUCCUCAGAAAGCUAUACCUAUUGGAAUUGUGACUUCCCUGCUUGUCUGUUUUAUGGCCUAUUUCGGUGUUUCAGCAGCUUUGACUCUUAUGAUGCCAUACUACCUUCUAGAUGAGAAAAGUCCUCUUCCUGUAGCAUUUGAAUAUGUUGGAUGGGGUCCUGCAAAGUAUAUUGUAGCAGUGGGAUCCCUCUGUGCUUUGUCCACAAGUCUUCUUGGAUCCAUUUUCCCAAUGCCACGUGUAAUCUAUGCUAUGGCGGAAGAUGGGUUGCUUUUCAAAUGUCUAGCUCAGAUCAAUUCCAAAACGAAGACUCCAGUUAUUGCUACUUUGUCAUCGGGUGCAGUAGCAGCUAUAAUGGCAUUUCUUUUUGACCUAAAGGCUCUGGUGGAUAUGAUGUCUAUUGGUACACUUCUUGCUUACUCACUUGUAGCAGCCUGUGUUCUCAUCCUCAGGUACCAACCCAAUUUGGCCUAUGAGCAACCAAAAUAUUCUCCAGAGAAAGAGGCUCUGACGGGAUCAGAAAGGGAAUCUCAAAUUAGUAUGCUUCAAGGGCACCACUUCAGUCUUCAGACAUUGAUGAAUCCAUCCAGUUUGCCUACAGAGCAGUCUGCCACUACCGUUAGCUUUUUGGUGGGUCUAUUAGCUUUUCUGGUGUGUGGGUUGAGUGUUCUGACCACAUAUGGGAUUCAUUUUAUUGCUAAUAUGGAGCCUUGGAGCAUUGGUCUUCUUGCUGUGUUGGUAAUACUCUUCAUAGUCAUAGUUCUCACCAUGUGGAGGCAGCCUCAGAACCAGCAGAAAGUAGCCUUUAUGGUUCCAUUCUUGCCAUUUUUGCCAUCCUUCAGUAUCUUGGUGAAUAUUUACUUGAUGGUACAAUUAAGUGGAGAGACUUGGAUCAGAUUUAGCUUCUGGAUGGCUUUUGGCUUCUUUAUUUACUUUGCAUAUGGCAUCAGACACAGUCUUGAAGGUCAUCCUAGAGAUGAGGAAGAUGAAGAUACUUGCUCAGAAAAUAGUGGAAUCCAGGAAAAGAACCCUGUGGAAGAAGCAGAUGAACAUACAAACGAAAAUGCUCUGUUUAUUACACAUGAAAGGACAAGUGAAUGUUAAUGUUGCAAACAACCUUAAUGUGCAUGUCUCUUAAGUAGUAGUAAACUGACUGAAUGUAGUUGCUGAACGAAAUUGUAAAAAGGUAGCUGCCAGCAGAUUAACAAUAAUUUAUAUUUGUGCAUCUUGAAAGUGCCUACCAGAAAGCGUGACUGACAUGUUGAACUAGCUGCUAAUUCCUCUUGGAUACUUCAGAUCCAAUCACAUGAAGACAUUCUUCUGUGAAAAAUUGAUAUCCCAGAUGAAAACAUCAAGGAAGAUGAAGGGAAGGACAGACUUCCAAGGGGAUAACCGUACCUUUGCUAUGCUAAAAUUUGGGGGUGUUUUGGUUGCACAAUUAUAUACAAUUAAUUGGUGAUGACAAAGUAUAAAGAGUUUUAGGAUUGCUUACAAAAGAGUGCCCUGAACAUUUUACAUUUUAUGAAGAAAGCAACUGCUUUUCAUAUGUUCUCCUUAUCCCUGUUUGUUAAAAUACUUUGUCAUGGUCUGACAGGGUAUAAUGAAUAACAAAGUGACGAUACUCUUUGAUCAUUCAAAUAUUAAAUUCCUUCUUAUUUCUUUACAGGGAACUAAUGAGAGAUUAAUUGGGAAUAGGUCUAGAGCAGUGGUUUUCAACCCCUGGCAUCUGCACACUACGUCUAACUAAAGAAAAUAACGUUUCAGAUGCCAGAAAAGGCUUUCUGUUUUUCUGAUCAAUCAAAAGUAUGUGAAUACACCCAUCUACAGGUUAAAGCCUGGAAAUGUUACUGUUACCAUAGAAGUCCACAGUUUAGCGCCCUUCAUGCAUCAAAUAUUGUGCCAAGCACAUGCAACAUUUAUAGUUGAAUUCUGUUCAGUCAGUUUUCAGUGUAAAACUUCCAGGGUAGGGGUCUGUGGACCACAGAUUGAAUUUCCAAAGGGGUCCACACCUCAAUUCAAAAUUUUUAGAGGUCUUUAAAUGAAAAAAAAUUGAAAACCACUGGUCUAGAAAAUGAUCUGCAAAGCUUGUUUACAAAUGGUAACAGCACAAAUCAGACACUUUUAACAAAGUAGAGUACAGUAUAUUUAUAUCAAAGUAAUAAGGAGAUGUUCAGUUAUUCUUACCAGUAAGCAAAUGUGCAUAAUUCAGACCAUGAAGAUGCUUAUAAGAAAUGAUACACUGUAGGAACAGUAUUCAAGAAUAUUAUUUUGUUUCAUAUAAAGUAACAUCUGAAUUUUUUUCCUUCCAAAGUUACUCCAGGUGCUAAAAUAAAAAUUCAAAAGCAGACUUAAUCUUAUUUGGGACAAUCAACUGGGACAUAAUGUGUGGGACAUCAUAGCGCGAAAUCUUAGCUGUACUGAACUCAGUGGGAAUUUCUGUAAUUAGUACUUAUGUAUAGCUUUUAGAAAUGCUUUCUUCUUCACAGCUAAAUUCCCUCUUCCUCCUCGUCCAUCAUAUCCAUAUUGUGGGUGGGGGCGGUGUUUGGGUCUAUUUGAUACAUUGCUUCUUGACAAGAAAACAAAUGCCUAUGGUACUAGAGUUCCUUGCACAGAGAGGAGGAGGGUGGACAUACAUGGAGGCAAAGCUUUUAUUUGAAUAUAUUUAUUUUCAAUCCUGACAGGGUAUCUUCAGGGAUGAUAGGAUUUAAAAUCUGAAAUAUAUCUAUUUGCAAAGUCUGGGUUUUUCCCCCAAAAACAAAUGUUUCAGUUCUUUAUUACCCUUUAAAUAAAUAUCAAUGAUAGUAGAGCAAGCAACCAUACAUAAACAGUACAGUGCACAUGGGUCUGAUGUCCAAAAGCCAGGAAGCAAGUUGUUAUAACAAUAUUGAAUAAUUAAUUUGAACAUAAUGAACGAUAUCUUGAUGGUGUUCUUUUCAAUGUAAAAGCAAAGAUUUGUGUUACCUAUCAAAGGUACAUAAUCAUUUAAAUAUUUUUAGUGUAUAUAGGCUUAAAUAGUUGAGAAGUGUCACUGUUAGUUAUGGAGGAUUUCAAAAUGUGGAGUUAUUUUGCCCAAAAUGUGUGUUGUUAAUUAAAAAUAAGUUCUCAAUAGUAAGGAAAGAGCAGCCAGAAUGCUGCCAUUGACUAAAGGAAAUAGGUAGUCCUACAAUCUAAAGGAUAAGAUAGCUCAGUGAUUUGAGCAUUGGCCUGCUAAAUCUGAUGAUGUGAGUUCAAUCCUUGAGGGGGCCACUUA